CUCUUCCUUGCUGGUCAGAGAGACUUUUGUUUUCUCAGCAGCAAGCACUCACUUCCUCCUAUGAGUAAUAAGAGCAGCUUCACACGGAGGAGUCUGUUUGUUAGAGCGACUGACUGACUGACUGAGAGCAGCUCGUACACAUAGAGAGAGAGAGAGAGGGACAACAAGAGGGACUCAUCCACAGGUUGCUGAAUGUGUAAGUACAAAGCAGUUGCUGUGGAGACACUGAUGAGCUAGAAUAAGGAGGCGAAGAGGAUUCCCCCAGACAGACAGUCCCGAGAAGGCAGAGAAGAAGACGCACACGCAUUCAGAAUCAGAGUCCACAAUGGACCGCCACCACCAGCAGCACGCCAAAGUGGAGCGAUUUCUCAAGUUGGGAUACUCUCACGGUGACAUCCUGCGGGUGCUGGAGAACCUCCGUGAUGAUGCCCAGACCAACGACAUCCUGGAGGAGCUGAUAAAGACCCACACUCCUACUUACACCAACAAAAGUGUCCCAAACAGUCCCAAGCUGGUACCCAGAGGCUGCAGCCCCAACGCCAGUCAGCCCCGACCUGGACCGGACAGAGAGUCAGCUGCUGGCUUCAGACCAGUGGUUAUAGAUGGAAGCAACGUGGCCAUGAGCCAUGGCGACAAGAAGGUGUUUUCAUGCCAGGGCCUCCAACUGGCAGUGAACUGGUUCUGGGACAAAGGGCUGCGCGACAUCACCGUGUUCGUUCCUCUGUGGAGGAAGGAACAGCCGCGACCGGACGCACCCAUCACAGAUCAACAUGUUCUCCAUGAGCUGGAGAGAAGGAAGAUCCUGGUGUACACGCCGUCUCGCUGCGUGAACGGUAAGAGGGUGGUGUGCUACGACGACCGCUACAUCGUCAAGCUGGCCUUCGACUCCGACGGCAUCAUCGUGUCCAACGACAACUACCGAGACCUUCAGACGGAGAACCCCCAGUGGAAGAAGUUUAUAGAAGAGAGGCUGCUGAUGUACACCUUCGCCAACGACAAGUUCAUGCCUCCAGACGAUCCACUGGGCAGAAAUGGUCCCACCAUAGAUGAUUUUCUGAGGAGGAAGCCCUGGACCCCGGACAACAAGCUGCAGCACUGUCCAUACGGAAAGAAGUGUACCUAUGGAGUGAAGUGUAAGUUCUACCACCCGGAGCGAGCCAACCAAUCACAGCUGUCUGUGGCCGACGAGCUGAGGGACCGAGCCAAGAACUUCUCGCCCAAACCGAGCCUGCAGGACCCGCACUUCUGCCCUGCUGUGUAUCAGCCGGAGCCCAGAUACACCUCAUCCACUCCUCCGCCCUCGAGCAUAGAGGACCUGUCGCACAGGGCUUCUCCCAGCGAGCAGUUCAUCUAUCAGAGAGACUCGAGCAGCCCGAGAAGCCAGCCCAGCUCCGGCCUCCACCACUAUCCGAGCUCAGACGUGGACGAGGCCUUCAGCUCCUUGGGGAGCUCCGUGUCCAGGCUCUGCAUCCAAGACACGUCCCAUGGUGUGGAGCAUCUUCUCCACAGCUACAGCAGUGGGGUGGCCAGCCACGAGGACUACUCCCUAUCAGGCCCAUACAGCCAAUACACCUACUGUCUGAGCGAUGGAUGGUACUACGCUCCUCAGAAAUGCUCGGUGUCCUGCAAGAACCCCGCGUGCAACCAGUGCAGGUGUGGUCACCAGCAGACCAGGAAGUCCACCCACCACCAACACCACCACCAGCCAGCAUGGGGCUCCUGCCCGGCUCUGCCUCCACAUAACGGGGAGCAUCCCAGCCUUGAGAAGCAGUACUUCAGGCUGGCCGCCGACAGACAGACCAGCAGCUUGCCCAGGGACCCGUGGGCGCAGAGCAGCCUCUCUGACGCCAGGCUGAACGGCCGGGCCAAGAGCACAUCCAGCGAGCAGAGGAAGGACCUGAGGAGCCAGCUGAGCACUCUCUUCCCCCAGAACAUAGUGGAGCAAGUCAUGAAUACUUACCCAGACAUCUCAGACAUGUCUAAACUGAUUUCUCUCAUCCAGAGCCACAGGACCAGUUUAAUCUCCUUCUAAAUUAGAAAGACUUUUGUGUUAUUAUUUUUAUUUUUUUCUUACUGAAGCUGAGCCCACAUUGGAGUUCUCAUCCCAGAAGCAAAAGUGAAAAGUGUAAAAAAAAAACAAAAAACAGAACAUUAAAGUGACUGUGAAUUAAUAUUCUCGUGAAUCAUACUAAAACUCUUCCUCUUCCUCGGACACAUUCAACCCCCCCUCCCCCAUCCCACCCCCCCCUUUAAUCUCAGCAUUAAAAAGUCUGACUCAGUCUGAUGAAAUGGUGAAAAUGUAGCAGACUGAAUGCUAUUUCUUUAUCCCAGUGCAAUGCACUACGCUCCGUACAUGCUACUUAUUGUAGCGCUGACAGAUGUUCUAUGAAAGCAGCAUGUGUUGUUUUUCUCAUGUUGCCUCAAAGUGAGGAACGCUAUAUAUUCUGUACUUCUUUAAAGAAAGUCGCUGACCUGUUAUUGAUGUGAAUUUUUAAAAGUUUUUUUUUUUUUUUCUCUGUGCCUGUGAAAUAAAAUCACUUGAACCUC